GUCCGGGCCGUCCCGAGCUGAGUGAAAGAAAAAAGAAUGUCGCGCAGUUCUCGUUCUUUGUUCUUUUCCCCUAAUCAUAUUCCUCCGGCUACCUAUACCUGUACUUGCAUCUACCUAAAGCAGUUCCCCUACAUCUAUUGAGAAAGGACAACCGGGACCCCCAUCAACACUUUUAGACUAAUCGAAAAAGUUAAUCGGUUUAUUUUUAUUCGACUCCGCUUCGCCGGUUUCCUUUUCCCUUUCUUUUUAGUUUUUAGUGUUAUUGUCUAUCCAAGUCUGGAUUCUGGAUUGUCCCUUUUAAUUCACCACCCCUUAUUCGGGAUCGCGGGAACACGGCUCGGCGCGUAUGCAAGUCAUACCUUGAUUGAAUGUUCGCUUUCAAUGACCUCUGUUCCCUUUUUGUAUAUGCGUAUACGUAUUUGAUACGGUACAUUACUACUAUGGACUGAUUUGAACGAGCGAUGUCGCGGUUAAAUGGCGUCUCAGCAACAAUCACUAGGAGCAGGAGGAGUAAAUGGAGGGGCAAGUAAUGGAAAUGGUAGUAAUGGUGGUAGCGGUGUCGGUGUCGGUGUCGGUGGCGCUGCCGGUUCCUACAAACGCGCAAGUCGAAAAGGUGCGCCACGGAGAUUUACGUGCGAAUGGCCUGGUUGUGACAAGAUUUACUCAAGGGCUGAACAUCUUCAAAGGCAUCAAUUAAAUCAUGAUCCCAAGACCAUCUAUACUUGUGAUGUACCGGAUUGUAACCAGACGUUUGUGAGGCCCGACCUCUUAGCACGCCACAAAAAACGCCAUUCCGCCUCAUAUAUCCCGAGGAACCGGACAAGUAGCUUCAGUAUCCCUACCAAGGAGACGGCUCAAGAAAUUCCCGUGAUGCCUUCGCCAAGCAUCGCUACCAACGCCACUGGUCCUCCACGGUCAGCAACAUUUCCACAGCAGCCCGCGAGUGCGCCUCGUAACGCCGCUGUACUGUUGUCUUCUGAUUCCCCGGUUCAACCUCAACCUCCGCCGUUGCCACCUCCAAUGGCGACACAACAAAGCCCACUUGCGCAUACUGUGCCGUGGACAUCUUCCAUGGAUGGCGUUAAUAUCAUCCGCCAAAAGCCUAGCUUCUAUGGCCGUGAGCAGCCAUCUAUGCACGAACACUCCACCUUCGUACCUUACCACAAUGUCCCCGUCGCAGCUAAUACCGACGGAUUAGAGGUUCACGAGAACUUUAGUGUUUGGCUCUUUGACCCUCAACAUACCUACCGAGACUUCAGCUUCACGAGUAUUCCUUUCCUUGAAGGUGGUCUUGAGUCACCCUUCAAUAAUAACAUUCACUACGAUCACGAAUCUCUCACUAGUCGAUCUCAGCUUGACCUUACGCCUCCACGACAUCCCGAUAUGCCUGACGAGCUUAUUUCCGAGUAUCGUCGCCAAGAAGUCUUGCGAUACGUACAGUUAUUCCAUCAGAAACAGAAUAGAUUCGACUCGAAAUUGGCCAACCUUAUGCACGAUAAUGGCGAAGAUACACCCGGACUGAGCCUCGAAUUUUUACGAGACUGUAUGCGACACUACUGGGAUUUUGUAUCGCCAAGGUUGCCCAUCGUUCACCAACCGACGUUCUCUUCUGCUCAGUGCUCAAUCUUCCUUCUCAUGGUUAUGAUCGCAUUAGGUGCUGCUCAGAUUUACAGCCGCGAAGCUACAGGAGAGCUACUUGAGUACAAAGCAUUUGCCGACUUAAUCAUCUCGAAUGUCCGUUUUGAAAUUCUGACUGCUGAUGAAGCAUCCCCUCCCGUGGAUCUUUGGGUUGCUCAAGCCCUUCUAUUGCUGGAAUUUUACGAAAAGAUGUACUCAUCUAGGAACCUUCACGAGAGAGCGCAUGUCUACCACUCCGUAACACUGACCCUCCUUAGACGAGGCAGUCCCUUAAUUGGGGGCGCUGGGGCCGAAUCACCUUCCGACGAACAAAACGGAUCAGAGCAUCCAGCAACAUCAGAUGCAAGAACGUGGUGGGUAAAAUGGGCCAGGACGGAAUCAAUGCACAGAGUUGUCUUUGCAGCAUUUAUGAUGGAUAUUAUUCAUGCCGCAAUGUUUGGACACGCAGCCGAUAUGGCCCCUCACGAAGUUCGACUACCUCUACCAUGCGACGAAUCUUUAUGGUCCGCUUCGAGUCCUGAGAUAGUUCGGCAUCACGAUUCGAAUUUCAGAUUAUACGGAGUUAAGCCUGUUUCAUUUUUGGAUGGACUAAAACGUGCUAUCCAUGGGCAAGAGGUACAAACACAUGCAUUCGGGCGCAUGAUCAUCAUGUGUGGACUUUUAAGUGUUGGAUGGCAUUUGAGGCAUCGAGAUACACAUCUGAAAUGGCUGGAGCUGGGAACCAACUCGUCUGAUACUCGAGAUAAAUGGUGCAAUAUGCUACUAAAAGCAUUUGACGACUGGAAGACCAGCUUUGACUCAGCAAUCGGUUCAAGCGAUGCAGACACAGAUGGAUCUGGACCACAAUCACAUUCUAAUGGUCUCAUUCAGAGUGCAUCUGUGCUAUACCACCUCGCUCAUAUUAGCCUGUACAUUGAUAUUGUCGACUGUCAAGUCUACUCAGGAGCGAAACGAUUACUUGGUCGCAAGGUUUCUACACGCGAUUAUACCAAUGUGGUAACACGAAUGUCUCUAUGGUCAACUCAACUUACUACACGACAUGCAAUUCUUCACGCCUUCAGACUCCUUGACCGUAUACUAGUAGACCCUCGACAAAAGAAAAGCAAUGGCUAUACGAAUAACGUCAUUGACACGUAUGGGUUACAAUAUUCAUGCCGGCGAGAUCCCGAUCCUCAUCGGCCAUGGAUUAUGUACUACGCCACUUUGAGUAUUUGGUCCUUUGUACGCGCACUUACUCAAUCAAGAGAUCAAACCAAUACACUUCGGCCAUUACCGCAACAGAUACAGCGCAGCACAACCGGAUUCUUCGAUUACCUUUCCAGAGUCACGAAAUUAUCGGAGCUUGACGUUACUGCAAAUCUUCAAGACGGAUUACCAAACUUACUGGAUGCUAUUGGCGCCCUUACAUCUGAAUCACCUUCUGAAUUACUCAAGGAAGCAUGUACUCGUUUAGAUAUGUGUAAACAUAUGCUGUAUCAUGGCGAGGCUUGAGCGCGGGACUUCCCCGGCUUUGCUUUUUGUCUGACAUGCAUCAUGCAUUAUAAUGAACACGGGAUGAGAUGCAUUUAUGAAUUAAUUGUGAUAUAGGGGGGAUGGGAAUUAUUCAUUAUGGCCGUGUAUUACCGGCCUUUGUCACUUGCAGUGUUGUCUAGAAGGUUAAUUUCGAGGAGUUGGAAAUAGGCUAGCUCAGCUACGAGGAAUACAUGUCAGGGCGGCUUUCUUAGCAUGAUACCAAUUCUCUUCGGAGAAUAUGAAUUAUUUCGACAUCCCGAUCCGUUGAUCUGCACCGGGUGAAUGAGACCAUUGAAGUUGUACAAACAUGCAGCCAUAUAUAAUCACAUAGAGAAGGACAGGGUACAUUUAAUAGAUAUCUAGCGAUUAUAAGACUAACAAUAAUGAGAUUGAGUUCUUAUCUGA